AUGACUGGGAGAGCAAGAGCAAGGUCUCGGGCGAGGGGGCGAGCCCGUGGUCAAGAAGCACCCCUCUCUACAGUGGGACCAACUCCUGUUACUGCGCCUGGAUACGCCCAAAUGACUCCCCAGCUACCUCCAGCGCGGCAAGCUGAAGCAGGAAAUGGAUCUCAGGUUGGGCAUGGCCAACAAAAAGGACCCCCGGAAGAAGCAGCUUUAGGAGCUGAUCUAGCAACCAACUCUGGGUUUCUAAGAGGCAAGUCUUGUGAUCCAGUGGAUCAGGGUUUCUUCUAUGUCAUCCCCAAAUGUAAGAUUUCAGCAGGCUUUCAGGAAAUGAGUUUGGGAGAACGAGGUGGACGCCGCAGAGACUACCAUGACCUUGGUGUAAACACCCGUCACUUAAUGGAACAUGUCAGAGAUUCCAAAACAGGUGUGUCAGGGAAUUCAAUCCGAUUAAGCACCAACCACUUCCGGCUGACGUCUCGCCCGCAAUGGGCUUUGUACCAGUACCACAUUGACUACAACCCACAGAUGGAAGCCCGCCGUCUUCGGACAGCCUUGCUAUUCCAACAUGAGAACUUGCUUGGCAAGACACAUGCUUUCGAUGGGUCCAUUUUGUUCUUACCGAAGAAGUUGGAAAAUAAGGUUACGGAGGUGUUAAGCCAGACACGGCAGGGAGAGGUUGUGAAGAUUACCAUUACUUUAACCAACGAACUUCCAUCAACUUCGCCAACAUGCCUACAGUUCUACAACAUUAUUUUUAGAAGAUUGUUGAAAAUAAUGAAUUUACAGCAGAUUGGGCGAAAUUACUACAACCCAAGUGACCCAAUCAACAUUCCUAAGCACAGGCUGAUGAUUUGGCCUGGCUUCACCACUUCCAUUCUGCAGUAUGAGACCAGCAUCAUGCUUUGCACAGAUGUGAGUCACAAAGUUCUCCGAAGCGAGACCGUCCUGGAUUUUAUGUACACCUUGUACGAUCAAGUCGGAGAACAGCGGUUUCGAGAACUUUGCACAAAGGAACUCAUCGGUGUGAUUGUCCUUACCCGGUAUAACAACAAAACGUACCGGGUAGACGAUAUUGAUUGGGAAUCAAAUCCUAAAAAUUCCUUCAAAAAAGCAGACGGAAGCGAGAUCAGCUUUGUAGACUACUACAAGAUGCAAUACACCCAAGACAUCACCGAUUUGAGUCAACCUGUUUUGAUUAGCCAGCCAAAGAGGACGAGAGGCCCUUCCGGUGCCUUGGCAGGACCAGUGAUACUCAUCCCUGAACUCUGCUAUCUCACAGGCCUGACUAAUAAGAUGCGAAGCGAUUUUAACGUAAUGAAAGAUCUGUCUGUUCACACAAGGCUUGCGCCAGAACAAAGAAUGCGUGAAGUUGGACGGCUUAUCAAUUACAUAAAUAAAGAUGACAAUGUUCAGAAAGAGCUACGUGAUUGGGGGCUAAGCUUUGAAUCUAAGCUGCUUUCCUUUUCGGGGCGAGUGGUCCAAUCCGAAAAAAUUCGCCAGGGAGGGAAGGCGUUUGACUACAACCCACACCUUGCAGACUGGUCCAGGGAAACGAGGGGUGCUCCCCUCACCAGUGUAAAACCCCUGGACAACUGGCUGCUAAUCUACACCCGCCGGAAUUAUGACGCGGCUAAUAUUCUGGUCCAAAAUCUUUUCAAAGUCACACCCGCAAUGGGCAUAAGAAUGAACAAGGCCAUCAUGGUUGAAGUCGACGACAGAACAGAGGCUUACCUGAGAACCUUGAAGCAGAAGAUCACCUCCGAUACUCAGAUGGUGGUCUGCCUCCUGUCCAGUAACCGUAAAGACAAAUAUGAUGCAAUCAAGAGAUACUUGUGUACUGAUUGUCCCACACCCAGCCAGUGUGUCCUGGCCCGCACCUUGAGCAAGCCCCAAACUGUCAUGGCGAUAGCCACCAAAAUCGCCUUACAGAUGAACUGUAAAAUGGGGGGAGAACUCUGGAGCGUUGAAAUCCCAAUGAAACAACUCAUGAUUGUGGGAAUUGACUGUUACCAUGACAUUUCAGCUGGACGGCGAUCAGUGGCGGCAUUUGUUGCGAGUUUGAAUCAUGGAAUGACCCGAUGGUAUUCACGCUGUGUGCUUCAGGAUCGUGGGCAAGAAAUUGUGGAUGGACUCAAAGUGUGCCUACAAGCGGCACUCAGGACAUGGUACUCCUACAAUGAACACAUGCCUACUCGUAUCAUUGUGUAUCGCGACGGUGUUGGUGACGGUCAGUUAAAAACCUUGGUGAGCUAUGAAAUCCCACAAUUUUUGGAGUGCUUGAAAACAGUUGGGGCUGACUACCGCCCCAAACUCACAGUGAUCGUGGUGAAGAAGCGUGUGAACAGCAGAUUCUUUGCUGAAAUUGAAGGAAAACUACAGAAUCCACCACCUGGCACAGUUAUUGACUUAGAGGUUACUAGACCAGAAUGGUACGAUUUCUUCAUUGUCAGUCAGUCGGUGAAAAGCGGCACAGUUGCACCCACCCAUUACAACGUAAUCUAUGACAGCAGUGCACUAAAGCCUGACUACAUGCAGAGGCUGACAUAUAAGCUGUGUCAUAUGUACUACAAUUGGCCGGGAGUCAUUCGGGUACCUGCUCCGUGCCAGUAUGCCCAUAAACUGGCUUUCCUCGUAGGGCAAAGUAUCCACAGAGAGCCAAAUUUAACCCUUUCGGAAAAACUUUAUUAUCUGUGA